AUGGCUUUGAACAAAUAUAUGCAUCCGCGUAAUCCAUAUCGCCAUCGUAGGCCAAACUUCAAGCAGCUAGCUAAGAAGUACCCUUUCUUUGAGGAAGUCGCCUAUGUGGAUGAAAACGAUCGCGUGAACAUCGAUUUCAAGAAGCCGUUGCAUCUUGCUGCUCUUUCCAAAGCAUUGCUACUUGAUGAUUUUGGAAUUAAGGUGGAACUCCCACUUGAUCGCUUAGUUCCGACCAUUCCACUCCGCCUAAACUAUAUCCUCUGGCUUGAGGAUUUUAUCAAGAGUUUCUCGAAUCCUGCAUCCAAUGUUCGUAUUUUGGAUGUUGGAGUUGGUGCUUCUUGUAUCUAUCCGUUGUUAGGAGCCAAAAAGAAUAACUGGAGUUUCAUCGGUACGGAAACUGAUCAGAGAAAUUUCACCUUUGCUCGGGAGAAUGUAAUUCGAAACGGUUUGCAAGACUUAAUAAAACGUACGUUUUCAAGCUUUUUUGUGUCACUUAAUCGCGGACUAGAACCAGUCCCGAUCGGAAGGAGAACUACUAAAUGGUUGCUUCUGUGUACGCGAAUGUGCACUCACACCAGGAGAAAAGGCAAAAUUAAGCCAGGUGAUUGCCGAUCGAGAAUGGAUAAAUUUAGCAUGUAUGCACACCCUAUAGAUUACAUGGCAGAGAGUGAAUCAUCUGCAGUCGCUGCAACCUGGACACACUCAGAUGAGCAGUGUGGUUGA